UUGAGAAAGCUGUGGUUCUCGCAAGUCUUCUUUGGUGAAGUGUAUUCCCAGCAGGCAUCACCACCAUGAACAGCCAGGGGUCAUCCCAGAAAGCAGGAAGACUCCUCCUGAUGGUGAUCUCAAACCUGCUGUUCUGCCAAAAUGUGCACCCCCUGCCAAUCUGUCCCAGUGGGGACUGCCAGAUGUCCCUCCGUGAGCUGUUUGACCGGGUGAUCAUGCUUUCCCACUACAUCCAUAACCUGUCUACAGAAAUGUUCAUCGAGUAUGACAAACAGUAUGCCCAGGACCGUGGGUUUAUUGCCAGGGCAAUGAAUGAGUGCCCCACUUCUUCCCUGGCUACCCCUGAAGACAAGGAACAAGCUCAGCAGAUCCCUCCGGAAGUCCUUCUGAAUCUGAUACUCAGUUUGGUGCACUCCUGGAAUGACCCCCUGUACCAACUAGCAACUGAAGUAGGUGGCAUCCAUGAAGCCCCAGAUGCUAUCAUAUCAAGAGCCAAAGAGAUUGAGUCACAAAAUAGGCGUCUUCUAGAGGGAAUUGAGAAGAUUCUUAGCCAGGCAUUUCCUGAAGCCAAAGAAAAUGAGAUCUACACUGUUUGGUCACAACUCCCAUCCCUGCAGGGAGUGGACAAAGAAUCCAGGGACCUGGCUGUUUACAACAACAUGCGCUGCUUCCGCAGGGAUUCCCACAAGGUUGACAACUACCUUAAGCUCCUGAGGUGCCGGAUUGUCCAUAACAACAACUGCUAAGCCUACAUUCAUUCUGCCUACUUCCUAGAUGGUCCUCAAAUGCCUAUUUCUUCAGAACCUUCUAUUUGCCUUACAGCUUUCAGUGCGUGCUCGGGUGCAGUGGGUGUCUUCUUAAGAAAUAAAAACUAACUUUUAAAAAACA